GGACAGGAGUUCAGCCAGAUGGAUUUCCUUCUCAAAUGAUGCCAUAUUGGACCCAUGCAGAGGAUCCAAGUGACUCUGUACGGUGUGUUCACCGACUCCCCUUCUGCCCAAGGCCUGUCGUGCUGCCUCUUGUUGGAGUUGCUGGACAUCAGCGUGUCAGAGCUGCUGGCGCACUCCAGCCUGCAUGGCUGCUCCAUGUGGAUCACCCAGCACUGUGCGCGAGACGUCCUGGAAGGCCUUGCCUUCCUCCACCACAGAGGCUAUGUGCAUGCAGACCUGAAGCCGCGCAACAUCCUGUGGAGUGCGGAGGAGGAGGGCUUCAAGCUCAUUGACUUUGGACUCAGCUUCAAGGAGGGAAUUCAGGAUGUGAAGUACAUUCAGACGGACGGAUACCGCGCUCCUGAGGCUGAGCUGCAGAACUGCCUCUCCAAGGCGGGAGUGCAAGGCGGGACGGAAUGCACUUCUGCUAUCGAUCUUUGGAGUCUUGGAAUAGUAUUACUGGAGAUGUUUUCAGGAAUGAAACUAAAACAUACUGUCCAGUCUCAGGAAUGGAGGGCAAAUAGUUCUGCCAUUAUUGAGCACAUUUUCGCCAGCAAAAGUGUAGUGAAUUCUGCCAUCCCUGCCUAUCACCUCAGAGACCUCCUCAAAAGCAUGCUUCGCGAGGACCCACAGGAAAGAGCCACUGCAGCAGAGGCCUUGUGCAGCCCCUUCUUCAGCAUUCCUUUUGCCCCCCAUAUUGAAGACCUGGUGAUGCUUCCAACCCCAGUGCUAAGACUGCUAAAUAUUUUGAGCGAUGCCUCUCUCCAAAAUGAAGAAGAAUUUGAAGAUAUCGUGGAUGACAUAAGAGAAGAAUGUUGCAAAUAUGGACGGGUCGUGUCCCUGUUUGUUCCGAAGGAAAAUCCAGGCAAAGGCCAUGUCUUUGUUGAGUAUGCAAAUGCUGCGGAUUCAAAAGCUGCCCAACGAGCCCUGACGGGGAAGAGUUUUGACGGCAAGUUUGUUGUGGCGACAUUUUACCCACUGAGUGCCUAUAAGCGAGGCUAUCUUUACCAAACCAUGCUUUAGUCUGCGGCAGCGGUCAGGAGAGACGCACGUAUCCAAAGCUGCCUUGCUUUGCCAAAGUAUUUUCCAGAGACGAACUCCAUCUGUACUCCUCCUUUCUCAUUCUGUGGUUGGCAAGAAAAAGGCCCAGGUGUUUCUGUUUUGUUGCAAUGAAAUCAGCCUCCUUCUUGCCUUUGAUUUACUCUACAGUAACCAAAAUGCUGUGAAAUGGAUGUUGGAGAUUGAAGGUGAAGAAGAAUUCACUGGGAAAGAAA